AUGGCAUGUCGACAAGACCAUGAUAUAGGUUGGCCUGCGCGGGGUCGGUACCCCCAAGAUCUUCGAAUCUCAUUCACAGACAUGCUCUGUCUCCGCCUCCCCAAACUCUCCGUACUGGCGCUGGAACGAAAGUUGAGACAAACGGCCUCCCGCCUCGUUCAUCACGGGAACGGUAGCAGGCUGAGGCUGCUGACGUGGAACCAUCACGAGGCAGAGCUAGGCGAUGAGGAGGAGGAUGCUCUGUUUGAGCACCUUCCGGAGGUCCUCCUCGAUGGCUUUGUCCUGUUCCAUGUCGAGGACACCAUCUUCAAGGUCCACACAUCUCUGUUCCGACUCGAGAAUAGUGCAAAGUACCCUCAUCUUGCGACGGAACCCAUCUCCAAGACUGUUUGGCGGAUUCCAGACACUACUGCAGACGAAUUUCGAUUCUUCCUGUGGGACUUGAGCUCGAUAUCUCAUCCCCUCCCCAAAUCGUCCACGCCGAGCGCCACGCUUAGGCUAGAGACCCUCUCCAUCAUGACCUCUCGGUUCCUGAACGCGACGUCUAAACCCAGGUACCCACCAAAAUGGAAAGGACGGCAACCACUAUCCCUCCAGCUUAGUCUCUUGCGAUAUCUUCGGUCAAGAUUAUCUCAACUGCUUCCUUUUGCUCCUUCUAUAUCUACUUUCGCUCCUCCUCUACCUCUCCCAGCAUCCACCCUUCAUAUCCACAACCACGGGUCUUGUGAAAGGGUCUGGCAUGGCAUAUGGACCAAGGCAGGAGAACGAGCGCUUAAUGACAUGGAGCAAGAAAGGGAAAAGAGGGAGCCAGAUGCUGAAUUCGAAUUGUUGGAGCGGAUGGAGCCAUACCUGCGCCAGUUAGUUUCGUUGGAUAGGAAAAUGCCGAUGGAGUGUGCAUUGGCGGCAAUGGAGUUGGUUGCAGAACUGUGA